UGUCAAAAGUGUCACGUACAUACAAAACACACUUUCCGUGAGUUAAUUAUUGCUUUUAGUUAAGACAAAUCAGACAAAAAAAUGGAUGACAAAUCUGGCCAUGGCAAAGAGGACGAUAACGAUGCUGACGUAGAAUCCAAAGCGAUAUUAAGGAAAAAGCUGCAGGUAAAGUCUGACGCGCUCGUGGUGUUGAGCCAAGAGUUGAAUCAAUAUAAAAUACAGCGAGAUCAAUUUAAAUUGAUGGCUGAAAAAAUACAGGAAAGAUUUUUGCACUUGAAGAAGCAGAUGUGUGAUACGAAGGAGUCGAACAAGUGUGACAGUUUAGAGAAUAAUUUUAGAACAUUAGAUCUAUUGACGGAAGCACGGGAACAGAACAAAUGCCUGAGGCUACAAGUUGAAACGUUGAGGCAAAGGCUGAUGGACGCAGAGGGCGAUAUAAAGGCAUUACGUACGAAUAAUAAUCAUAACAAUCGGGUUUCGGUUGACCAAGAGGCUCAGCUUGCACCAGCGAUGCAUCAGAGAGAGGAGAUGAUAGAGCAACUAGAGAAAUUAAAUUUAAGGUGUUCACAGUUGCAAACGGAUCUGCAGACCGUGCUCGAUGAGAAGCAUGAAUUGGAAGUAGAAAGAGACGCGUUCAAGUGUAAAGCGCAUCGUCUGAAUCAUGAACUGUCUAAAGCUCUAAGUGCUUCCAAACCAGUUGACCUGGACGCACUUAUCAAUGAGAAUAGGUAUCUACAAGAGAGACUGCAACAAUUGCUCGAGGAAAAGGAACUCACGCGUCAAUCGUUGUCGAAAUAUAAGAGCAUGCUGGACAGCAAAAGGGCUAAGGGGGCCAUGAAGUUGGGAGUCAAUUCCGCGGCUGGAACGGUGAUGACUCACAAGCAGGUGGAACAACUUCUUCAGGAGAGUUCUUACAUUCCGCCUCAGAAAUCUGCCGCUGCUGUCACCGAUUUACGAUGUCUUUGCACAGCCCUGUUGGAGGCGUUGAAUGACAAGACUUUAGCUCUGGCGCACCAGAAGAAGGCGAACAAAAUAUUGGCGUUGAGGAUUUGCGAAUUGGACAGUGCGAUACAAUCACCAACCAUGAAGCUCUUGGAAGGAUACACGAGCGCCAAUAUUGAUUCGAAAUGUGAUAAUGAGUUAAACGAUUUGGAUCACGCAGUUAAUGGUAAUACGGAUAGCAUCGAGGAGAACAGUAUCAUAACAGAUGAGAACAAUGUGCAUUGUAGCUCGUCACCCGAGAGUCAAGUUAUGCAGCAGUUGCAAUCGAUACAAAUGAGUCUUCCAAAGAAUCUAGGAGUCUUGGUCCAAAAGGCGUUAAACAAUUUGAAGGAUAAGGACAAACAAAAAAUAUGAAAUUAAAAGUGUACAUGUAAAAAGAUGCACGUGCCUCUGUACACACGACGCGUGUGUAUAAAGCAUAUUUCUGGGUUGGGGCAAUCUCUAAUCAACACGGUUCAUUGAACGACUCAGAUAGCAGACAGAGAGUCUAAAACGAAUUCACUUGCCAUGUCACUAAUUCCGAGUUCAGUUUCGGAUGCAAAAAGAAUAGAAAAAAUGUUAUGGAGCGUAAAAGAAUUCUUUUUGCAUCUGAAAAUGAACUCGGAAUUUGUGACAUAGACAAGAAUCCUUUUUGAACUCUCCGUGCUAUCUGGGAAUUAGUCUUCGUAAAUCUAGUCUUUAUGAGUUAUAUUUAAGAAGCAGCAAACUCUAUUAUGAGUGCCAGCAAAUUAUUAAAUCGAUAUUUUUGUCAAGAGAAGUCGCGGUUAGAGAUGAUUUUAUCGUGAAAGAUUUUCUUCAUGAUUUAUGAAGAACAUUUAGUUACGCGACAUCAUUUGUUGUCAACAAAUUAAUGGACAUAUCGCUUAUGUGUAACUGCAGCAUUGCAAUACGUAAUGAAUUGACAGUAGAACAAUUACGAUAGAGCUCACGUUGAAUACUUGGAAUGCUAUAUCCAUCCUUCAUGUAUUUGACGUAAGUGCUAUUUAUUUUAUUUCUAUUAACUAUAAAUUGAAGAGAUAAAUUUGUCAGAUGAUUUACGCCGUAUGUACAUUUAAUGAUGUGUGUGUAUUAUUAGAUAUUGUUACAUUCUAUAUAAUUACAAAAUUCUAAUUACAUACGUUACAUAAAUAUAUAGUAUGAUAAUAAUUUAUUGACAAGUUAUUCAUUUGAAUAUACACAUGAUCACGCUAAUGCGUUGCCGCAAAAACAUGGAUAGUUGUUAAAUGUUUCUGUACCUUAUGCACACGUUUAAGGAGUACGACUGUACAUUUAUCGACACAAUAAAAAACGAUUGUAA